GAGAUUGAGAUAUCUUCUUAAAUUCUAUAAUAGGUGUAUCGUUAGGCGCGUAAGGUUACUAUAAUAUUGAAUACAUUUUAUACAAUUUAAAUUUAUCUUGUUCUUUUUUUAAUUUCAUACACAAAACAUUGCCCCAAAAACAAACAUAGCCGUUUAACUUGAAUCUAUUGUUUAUUUUUCCAUAUUAAAAAUGGCCCAGUUUCAAGGACAACAAGGACAGAUGCCUCCAAGAGAAUUCUUAUGGGACAUGUUCCAGAAAUUAGACAAAGAUAAGAGUGGUACAAUAACAAUAGGUGAGCUACAAGUAGCUUUGUCAAACGGUACAUGGAAUCCUUUCAAUCCAGAAACUGUUAGGUUAAUGAUAAAUAUGUUUGAUAAAACAAAUAAAGGUACUAUAACAUUUGAUGAUUUUGGAGCCCUGUGGAAAUAUGUGACAGAUUGGCAAAAUUGUUUUCGUUCCUUUGACAAAGAUAGUUCUGGUCACAUUGACAAGAAUGAACUACGAGCUGCAUUACAAUCAUUUGGGUACAGCUUAUCUGAAGUUACUGUCACUACUAUGGUACAAAAGUUUGACAGAAUAGGUCAUGGAACUAUAUUAUUUGACGACUUUAUUCAAUGUUGCAUAAUGCUUAAUAAUUUAACUACAGCUUUUCGACAAUUUGACACAGCUCAAGCUGGAGUUGUUACUCUGCACUACGAACAAUUUGUCAGUAUGGUGUUUAGUAUUAAACUUUAACAUCAUUGACUAUAUGGAAAAUUGUCAUUUUACACAAAAUAUUAUAAUAAAUAUAAAUUUAUACUUUAUAUGUAAACUUUAUGGUCAAAAAAUGUAUUACGUUCCAGAUAGGCUUGUUAUUAAAUCAACAAUCAAUUUGUGCUUUUUCUAUUUUUUUAUUCAAAUAAAGCAUAGGUAUAUAAAUAAA